GCAUACGAUGGGUCGCUUGCAUCGUCAUAGUCAUGUGGGAUCAAGCCGCCCGAAUGGACUUCGGCGGCUGGUUGGGCGCGGCGAACCUCGUUGCGACCUGGGCAUCUCACUGUGCCCGCGCCUUCGAUAUCCCUCCGCUCGAGUGCCUCUGCCGCUGUGAGGUGGCCGCCAGCGCGGCCGCGGGGACAGCGCCUCGCAGCGGCGCCGACGCGCCAGGCCUGGAGCUGGCGCUGGGCCGCUGCCUGGGCGCCCUCAGCGCUCCGCCGAGCCAGCCCUUGCGACUACCACUUGCACGGCGGGGACUCCGCCUCUCUACGCGCUGUUGCCGCCGCCAGGCCUGGGUCGGCCUGGCGGGGCUCCUGCUGCUCGUGGGCUUCGCGCUCGGGGUGGUCAGCCGCGGCUGCUGCGAGCCGCGUCCUCGGGCCCGCUCCCCCGCGGGGACGCACCUGCGGCCGGGCGCCUACACGGGCCCCGCGUCGCCGCUGGCCCUCGGGGCCAGCCCUAGCCCCGCGCGAUGGCGCGCGCGGCGGCAGGCGCCGCCGGCGUGCCACGGGCACUGCAUGGACGUGCCCAACCCCCAGGUGCUGAUAGAUUUCUUUGACGACCCCAACGGGUUCUUCUGGCACCAUCGCCUCCGCUUGCAGACCGACGGCAAGGGGAUGUGGACGGCCGUGACGCCCACAGGCUCCGUGCAGGUGCUGAACCUCGGCCUGCACCGUGCGCUGCCCCUGGAUCGGAAUGAGAUCAUUCCAGCGCCGUAUCGAGACGAGUGCUUCAUUUUCGAUCCCAUCACGGCGGCCGAGCUCGCCGAGUCCGUGAGGCGAGGACGCAUGCUGGCGGCGGUGCACGGCACCACCUCCAUCGGCAGCACGGCCCCCGACACAGUCUGGCGGAUCGCGGACCCGGCUCAUGCGGCCUUCGCGUCCGCGGUGCCCGGGGCGGCGAUCGCCUAUCCUGCCUGCUUCGUCGCCCGGGCGUCGAGCGGCCUAGGGAUGGUCGACGGCCACUGGGUCCACGCCGAGGCGGUCGAGGUAGGGCAUGAGGAGACCUGGGGGCUCGACACGGUCACGGCCUUCGGCCGCGAUCCUCGUGUGAUUGGCUUGGUUCGUGAUCGUCGUGGAGUGCCCUACAUCUCGGAGGAGGGCGCCUUGACUCGCUUCGGGAAUACGAAGAUCGAGCACUUUCCCUUCGCGGGGCCUCGGGUUGCCGUCGAGUUCUUGCAGAGCUUGCGGGCCCAGGGCCAGUCGCUCACGUCUCACCACCGCGAGUGGUCCAGGAAGUCAGGUGUCAACGUCAACGGUGCCGCGGCCCGCGAGUUUUUCUUCCUCUCUGAGGUGCUCCGCUGGGAGGUGCAGUUCGACCAGCUCGACGUCUCGAUGCUGGUCAGCACGGAGCUCCUGUUCCGCCGCCUCGUGCAGAUCGAGGCGGCGGUCCGCCGCAACCCCCAGGUCCCCGAUUUCACUGGGCUGGGCGCCCUGAUGAGCGCGUCCACCGACGAGAGCGGAGCUGCCACGACGGCGGCGUUCUCCCAGUGGGUCGCGGACCGCCAGAAGGAUCAAGCUACCAUCGCGAAGCAGGGCCGCCUGCUCCGCGAAGAGAAGGACGCCGAGCGGAAGCGGGCCGCCGACCCAAAGAACAAGGGGUCGGGGUCCGCGGCAUCUCCCCUCUUCCCUGCCCCGGUCUUGAGCAUCAUGACCGUCGCCAGCAUCGUGCAGCUGCCCGAGCUGCCUCUCGCCGUCGAGCACGGCGUGCUGGCCUCGGUGAUCUCACGGGUUGGGCGGAGAGUUUCGCGGUGGGGUGACGCACCUAGCACCUCCCCGACGGGAGCCCUGUUCGAGCUUCUCAAGACCACCGACUUAUACGACACAGAGCCACAGGGCCUCGAGGUCUUCGACGCUGAUCGCUUGAAGGUCUUGAAGCGCCCCACCAACCCCAAGCCGCUGGAAUCUGCGCUGACGGGCCAUGCGCUCACGCAGUACCUCGGGUCCGAGCGGCACCUGGAGCGUUCCGCCGCCGAGGUGGAGGCGCGCAUCCAGGACGGGCUGAUCACCCCAGUGAAACCGUACUGGGACCCGAAGCUCCGCUCCUCUCGCAGCGCCCUCUUUGACCUCCAGAAGGGCCUGUUGGCCUGCGGGCUGGGCGGACUCCGGACCUCGAUCAGGGCCCGCAUCGCAUUGUUCUUCCGCGCCAAGAAGGACGGGGCCCAGCGCGUGAUCGUGGGCGCCCGGGAGACGAACCAGCUCAUGCGGGAGCCCCCGCGCGCGCAGCUGGGGGGCUCCGGCGCCCUCCGCGACCUUGACCUGAGUGAGACCGCCUUCGAGGUCGCGGGCUGCGACCCGCGGGCCGCCGACAUCCACGUCGCCAGCCUGGACCUGUACCAGGGCUUCUACCAGUGCGUGACCACCUGCUACGACGAGGUUGCGGAGCGCGACCUGCCCGUCGACGGCGACGCCACGCUGUACUUCGUCAUGGGGGUGCUCUGCAUGGGCUUCAGCUGGGCCCUCUACUUCUGCCAGGCGAUCAUGGAGGAUGCCGCCCUCGCUGCCGCAGGCCCUCGCGCCUGGGCCCCUGGUCGCCCCCACCUCCCGCUGGGCGGCUUGUUGCGCGAGAGCGCCCCCGUGCCCCUGGUUGCUCCUGGUCGCCCUGUCUUCUCGGUGUACGUCGACAACGGCGCUGCGAUCGGCUUCAACCGCGAGGAUACCGAGCGCGGCCUCGACCUGCACCUGGCUCGCUUGGAGGACAUGGGGUUCAUCGUCCACGACAUCGAGCGGGCGCAGACCGCGCUCACGGUGGUUGGCCUUCGCUUCCUGGGCGGCUCUCAGCUCCAGCUCCUGCCUACUGAGAAGUACACCUGGCGGCUUUACCUGGAGCUCCGGGUCCUGAGGGGCCUUGUGAACUUGGUCGAUGUGGAUCUGGCGGCGCCGCGGGCGCCCAUCGUGUUCUCGGGCGACAGCUCGACCUUCGGCUACUCGCUCUCCUUCGCGCGGGCGCCCGCCGCCGACAUCCUGGACGCCGACCGCCUGCGCGAGCGCUGGAGGUUCAAGCUCGAGGAGGCCAACCUCAUCGACGGCCCCUCGGACGGCGACCGCAUCGACGCCUGCGCCCCGCACUUGGCGGAGGCCUUCGGUUCGCUGGGGCUCGACAUCGCGGGCGUCGCGGAGCAGGGGGCCACCUCGCCAUCUUCGCGACGACGGCGGGCUCCCUGCCGCGUCGUGGAGGCGUCGGACUCCUUCCGCGCCCUGGGCGACUCCUGGACGGACCCCACCCGCUGGCGCAACAUCGUGAAGGGCGGCUGGGCCUACCACAACGCCAUCCACCUGAAGGAGGCUCGCCUCGCGCUCAUGCAGCUCCGGCGUGCGGCACGCUGCCCCGCGGCGCACGGCAUGCGCCUGCUGGGCCUCGCCGACGACCUGAGCGCGCUGCUGGCCUUCAUGAAGGGCCGGGCCGCGGACUUCUGGCUGCGGCUCCUGGUGCGACAGGCGGCGGCCCUUGCUAUCGGCGCUGAAAUCGCUCGGCACCUGCGCUACAUCGAGAGCGCCCGCAACUGCGCGGACUGCGACUCGCGGGCGGCCGACCGCGGGGAGGUCGGCCCGGGCCAGGCUAUCUUGGGCGCUACUCGCGCCUGCCGCCUCGCCCUGGACGCCGCCGAGUGGAGCCGCCCGCCGCCGCUCGCCCCAGGAGGGCCCGAGGCCGGCGAGCCCUGGCCGGCCCCCGCGCCCCGUCGGGUCCUGCUGCUGCACCCGCUGCUGUUCGCCAAGUCGGCUGACGGCGGCUCACCGCAGCGGCUGGGCUUUUGGGCGCCGCGGCCGCCCCGCGGCCGCGCUGGCGACGGCAAGACUGCUACGUACUCUACUUCUUCGAGGCGGACGCGCCUGCCGCCGCGGCUGCACGCGGCGGCGCAGCCGCUUCCUGAGCCG